GGAACACUGUCUUGAUAAGACUUUAAGACGACAGGCAAACAUCUGUUACAAUUCUGCAGAACAUUUAAACGAGUUGUUUUGAACUAGCGAGGCAUUUCAGUGAGAACAUUUUAUCGUACAGGUUCUACCUUGAUAACGGCAAUUCAGAAAUCCAGGAUGAACGUGCUCUGGGCGAUUGUCGUUGGGUUCACCCUGGUUGGUCUGUCCCAUCAGCAGGCAGAACAUUGCCUUCCUACAGAGUACUCCAGCCACAACUGCUCGUGCAUAUCCAAUGACAUACUUUGUGAAGGAAUUGUAACACUGGCUAUUCUUAACAAUCCUGUCGUUCGGAACUCGCUAACUAUUUUCAACAGCCCACACUUGAACUUGCCAAAUUACACAUUCAAUAACCUCAAUGUAUCAAGGUUGGCUCUUGCUAAUAAUAGUCUUGGUGAUGAUGAUAUUCAAAUAAACACAUUUUCUGGUCUGAUUGUUAAAGACCUAGAUCUCAGCAACAACCAACUAACGCAUAUCCCUGAAGCUGUUGUGAAUGUCGUAGAUAUCAAGGGGUUGAGUGUAUCCGGAAACAGGAUCACGAACUUCCAAAACGACGCCGAAAUAAUGAAGAAAAUUGGAAAUACGCUUUUGCGCUUUUCAUUUGGUGAUAGCAACUUUCAGGUUACUUGGCCAACAGAGUUGAAGUUCUUUCCUCGUCUAGAAGAGCUUAACGUAACAAGAGCCCCAUUUUCAUUAAUGCCCAUAGAUGCAUUUUAUGGCUUUGAAAGAACAUUAAAGAAGUUGUCGAUUACCCAAACGAAUUUGAAAUCCGUGCCUCUAGCCUUCGGCAGACUAAACUACUUGACGGAACUUCAUUUUGACCACAAUCCGGAAGUAGGGGACUUCGGUAUGAACGUUCCACUGGUGCAGGGUAUACUGAAGCACAUUGGCUUGAUUACACUGAAAGAUGAUAAUAUCACUACUUUUCCUCAAAUUUUAGGAAAGUUUGAUAACCUAACCAAGCUAGACAUGGGUGAAAAUUUGUUAAAAUUCGUCAGUGACCAAUCUGCGAAAUCCAUAAAACGCGUCACAAGUCUGAGUCUGCGCAAUUCGAAUAUUUCUCGAAUACCUGGUGCGCUUCAAGACAUGAAAACACUCAAGGAGAUUGAUCUCUCUGUAAACGGAAUACAUAGCAUUCAACGGCAAGAUUUGGAAAACCUGACGAAUUUAGAGACUCUGAAUUUGAACGACAAUCCUUUACAAUAUAUAUCGGAUAAUGCAUUCAAAAUGUCGAAAAAGUUAUCUCGGGUCGAACUUUGUAACACUGAACUGAAGGCCGUUCCUUGCGCCAUUAAGAAUCUCCCUCUCCGUGAUAUGAAUAUCACCAUAGAUUUGACGGGUAACACGAUCGAAUGCACAUGCUCCCUUCAAUGGCUUUAUCAAUGGGGCAGCCGUGAUGUGGCCAGCAACAGAAACCAACAUCUUAGUAUCCUUGGCAAGUGCUUGACCAUCGAGAGCACUAUCCAAGAAUAUUUUGACAAAACUUUGAAAGAUUGCCCCAAUUCCUACCUAUGCGUCAAUGUUUAAUGUUUUGAGAGUGGAAGCAUCAAGUUUGCAAAGUGAUACGUCCAUAUGUUUUCUUUGAUUUAAUAUCUUUUCAAUAUCUUUCGGAUUAAAAUUAUAUAAAAAAAAAAAAAAGCAUGUGGUAAUCUAAGAUUUAUUCGGAGAGGAGUCUUUACCUGUCUUUAUGACGUUCACCCCUACCCUCACCCCUUUUACUGAAUAUCAUGUCCAUGACUUUGUGUCACAAGUUCUGUUUAUUUUCCGAAAGGGAUGAAGUGCCAGACGAUUGCGCCCUUAAUGGCUUAACUCCAAUAUCACAAUAUCACAGUCAAAUACAAUCGACUUCAAAUGUCAUCUUUAUAACACAACGAAUAUAAUUUUGAAUUAAACCAAUUUAAAUAUUGACACCACACAGCUGUAAUAUUUAAUAUACUUCAAUACCAUUUUGUUAACAUGCCUUUCUAAAAGUAAAAAAAAAGUGGGAGAGUUUUCUCCCUUUAGUUCCAAAAGCUUUAUCAUUUCAUUCAAAACGCAGUUUUACCAAUUAAUUAGUAUAUUAUAAUGUUUCUUUAAUUAAUGUAGCUAAUGACGCUAUUGAAUUUUUUGUGGUAAACAGUUUCAACAAAAUAUUAAUGCUAAAGUUAUAUUUCUAGCAUAGCACUUUAGCCGUGUAGUGUACAUAAAAUAUCAAUAUGCUCUAAAAGAACUGAAUUUGGCGUAUUCAAUUUUAGCGCAGAAUACAAUUAAAACAGAUUUACAACAAUACUUCCAGCGCGAAAAAUGUUAAAAUAAGAUCACCGCUAAGAUAUCUCCGUUUACAGUAAUUUGUUUACUCUUUCAACCCUAAUGGUUGCAUGAUUAAUGUCCCUUCAUAGAUUAUUACAAGAUUAGGCAUGUUUGGGUUUAAUGUUGAAAAUAAGGUAACGGUAAACGUUCUUAUCAUGACUUCGAAAUGUACAUUGGAAUUGACAAGAUAAUAGACUCAUAUCGAUUCAAAUAGUUUUUGCUGUGUUAUCAUUCAAAUUUGAAUUUCAUUCAUUUAAAUAAUCAUAGUGUGUGUGAUUGUACAUUCUUUUGUAUAUUUGAUUUCUAUGAUUAAUUGUGAAAUAAAAAAAACUUG